AUGCCAGCUGAGCGCAAGAAACCAGCAAAUAUGGAAGAAAAAGAAUCCCCAUUAAAUAAUAAAGAAAAAGAAUUCAGUGAAAGGCGACCAGUGAGCACCAGGGAGAAGCCAAAAGAAGAUGUCAAGGUUGGCAUGAAGAGAGAGACUUUAAAGGUUCCUGAAGAUAAAAAGAAAAAACUGGAAGAGGAUAAAAGAAAAAAGGAAGACAAGGAGCGGAAGAAAAAAGAAGAGGAUAAAGUAAAAGCAGAAGAGGAGCAAAAGAAGAAAGAAGAAGAAGAAAAAAAGAAACUUGAAGAGGAGGAGAAAAAGAAACAAGAGGAGGAAGAGAAAAAGAAACAAGAAGAAGCAGCUGCUCAAUUGAAAGAAAAAGAGGAAGCACAUCAGCUCCAUCAGGAGGCUUGGGAGCGCCAUCAGGCGAGGAAAGAGCUUCGCAGCAAAAACCAGAAUGCACCAGACAAUCGCCCCGAAGAGAACUUCUUCAGCAGACUAGAUUCCAGUCUGAAGAAGAACACAGCUUUUGUUAAGAAGCUAAAAACCAUUACAGAGCAACAAAGGGACUCCUUGUCCCAUGACUUUAAUAGCCUGAAUUUAAGCAAAUACAUUGCAGAAGCAGUCGCUUCUAUUGUGGAAGCCAAACUGAAAAUAUCAGAUGUGAACUGCGCUGUGCACUUGUGUUCCCUCUUUCACCAGCGCUACGCUGAUUUUGCUCCUUCCUUACUUCAGGCUUGGAAAAAACACUUUGAAGCAAGGAAAGAAGAGAAGACUCCCAACGUUACCAAAUUAAGAACUGAUUUGCGUUUCAUUGCAGAAUUGACAAUAGUUGGGAUUUUCACUGACAAGGAAGGUUUGUCUUUAAUCUAUGAGCAGCUUAAAAAUAUUAUUAACGCUGAUCGAGAAUCCCAUACUCAUGUUUCUGUGGUUAUCAGCUUUUGUCGGCACUGUGGAGAUGACAUUGCUGGUUUGGUACCAAGGAAAGUAAAAACUGUGGCAGAGAAGUUUAACUUGAGCUUUCCUCCUAGUGAGAUAAUUAGCCCAGAGAAACAACAGCCCUUCCAGAAUUUGUUGAAGGAAUACUUUACGUCUUUGACCAAACACCUGAAAAGGGACCACAGGGAGCUACAAAAUAUUGAAAGACAAAACAGGCGCAUUCUUCACUCCAAAGGAGAGCUGAGUGAAGAUCGACACAAGCAAUACGAGGAAUUCGCAAUGUCCUAUCAGAAGCUGUUGGCAAAUUCUCAGUCUCUAGCUGAUCUUUUGGAUGAAAAUAUGCCUGACCUUCCCCAAGAGAAACCAACACCUGAGGAACAUGGACCUGGUAUUGAUAUUUUCACACCAGGAAAACCUGGAGAAUAUGACCUGGAGGGGGGUAUCUGGGAAGAUGAAGAUGCUAGAAACUUCUAUGAGAAUCUCAUCGACUUAAAGGCUUUCGUGCCAGCAAUUUUGUUUAAAGAUAAUGAAAAAUAUUCCCAGAACAAGGAUUCAGGCAAAGAUGAAUCAAGAGAUUCAAAAGAUGCCAAAGAUAAUAAGGAAGCACCUGGGAGUGAGGAUUUGGAGUUGGAGCUGGAGAACCUGGAUAUUAAUGAUGAUGCCCUAGAGUUAGACUGUGGAGAUGAGGCAGAAGAUCUUACAAAAAAGCUUCUUGAUGAACAAGAACAAGAGGAUGAAGAAGCCAGUACUGGAUCUCAUUUAAAACUUAUCGUAGAUGCUUUUCUUCAGCAGCUUCCAAAUUGUGUCAACAGAGACCUCAUAGACAAGGCAGCAAUGGAUUUUUGCAUGAAUAUGAAUACAAAAGCCAACAGAAGAAAACUAGUACGAGCACUUUUCAUAGUUCCUAGACAAAGGUUGGAUUUGCUGCCGUUUUAUGCAAGACUGGUUGCCACGUUGCAUCCCUGUAUGUCUGAUGUAGCAGAGGAUCUUUGUUCCAUGCUGAAAGGGGAUUUCAGAUUUCAUGUAAGAAAAAAGGACCAGAUCAACAUUGAAACAAAGAAUAAAACUGUGAGAUUUAUUGGUGAGCUUACCAAGUUUAAGAUGUUCUCCAAAAACGAUACUCUCCACUGUUUAAAGAUGCUUCUGUCAGACUUUUCUCAUCACCAUAUUGAAAUGGCAUGUACUCUGCUGGAAACCUGUGGAAGAUUCCUCUUUAGAUCACCAGAAUCUCACUUAAGAACCAGUGUUCUUUUGGAACAAAUGAUGAGAAAAAAACAAGCAAUGCAUUUAGAUGCACGCUAUGUUACAAUGGUAGAAAAUGCCUAUUACUACUGUAAUCCUCCUCCAGCUGAAAAAACUGUGAAGAAAAAACGUCCUCCACUGCAGGAAUACAUUCGUAAGCUUCUUUACAAGGAUCUCUCCAAGGUCACCACAGAGAAGGUCCUGAGACAGAUGCGCAAGCUGCCUUGGCAGGAUGCAGAAGUAAAAGAUUAUGUUAUAUGCUGUAUGAUCAACAUCUGGAAUGUGAAAUAUAAUAGUAUUCACUGUGUAGCCAACCUCUUAGCAGGGUUGGUCCUUUACCAGGAAGAUGUUGGAAUCCAUGUUGUGGAUGGAGUCCUAGAGGAUAUUCGACUAGGAAUGGAGGUUAACCAACCAAAGUUUAACCAGCGCCGGAUCAGCAGUGCCAAGUUUUUGGGGGAGCUUUACAAUUAUCGAAUGGUGGAAUCAGCUGUAAUAUUUCGAACUCUGUAUUCUUUCACAUCAUUUGGUGUGAAUCCUGAUGGUAGUCCCAGUCCAUUGGAUCCUCCAGAGCAUCUUUUCAGAAUCAGACUAGUCUGUACAAUCCUCGAUACCUGUGGGCAGUAUUUUGACAGAGGAUCGAGCAAACGAAAACUUGAUUGCUUCCUUGUAUAUUUUCAGCGGUAUGUUUGGUGGAAAAAAAGUCUGGAUGUUUGGACAAAAGACCACCCCUUUCCUAUAGACAUAGACUAUAUGAUCAGUGAUACACUGGAACUGCUGAGACCAAAGAUAAAGCUCUGCAAUUCUCUGGAAGAAGCUAUCAGACAGGUGCAAGACUUGGAACGAGAAUUCUUAAUAAAAUUAGGAAUUGUGAAUGACAAAGAUUCCAAAGAUUCCAUUACAGAAGGAGAGAACCUGGAAGAGGAUGAAGAGGAAGAGGAAGGAGGAGCAGAGACAGAGGAACAAUCUGGAAAUGAAAGUGAAGUAAAUGAGCCAGAAGAAGAGGAGGGCUCUGACAAUGAGGAAGAAGAAGGUGAAGAAGAAGAGGAAGAAAACACAGAUUAUCUUACAGACUCCAAUAAAGAAAAUGAAACUGAUGAGGAGAAUACAGAAGUAAUGAUUAAAGGAGGAGGACUUAAACAUGUCCCUUGUGCAGAAGAUGAGGACUUCAUUCAGGCAUUGGAUAAAAUGAUGCUGGAAAAUCUUCAGCAACGGAGUGGCGAGUCUGUUAAAGUACAUCAGUUGGAUGUUGCUAUUCCUCUACAUCUCAAAAGUCAGCUCAAGAAGGGUCCCCCACUUGGAGGUGGGGAAGGAGAGUCAGAGUCUGGAGACACAAUGCCAUUUGUCAUGUUAACACGAAAAGGCAACAAACAGCAGUUUAAGAUCCUAAAUGUACCAAUGUCUUCCCAACUUGCUGCAAACCACUGGAACCAACAGCAAGCUGAACAGGAGGAGAGAAUGAGGAUGAAAAAGCUCACUUUGGAUAUCAAUGAACGGCAAGAACAAGAGGACUACCAGGAAAUGUUGCAGUCUCUGGCACAGCGUCCAGCUCCGGCAAAUACGAAUCGUGAACGACGGCCUCGUUACCAGCAUCCGAAGGGAGCACCUAAUGCAGAUCUAAUCUUUAAAACUGGUGGGAGGAGACGUUGAUCCAGCAGCAAGUGUCAUUUCAUUAGGUCCUGUAUCUCUGAUGUUGUGGAUAGUGGAGUCCUCCAGCGAUUAAAUGAGAGCAGUGGACACAUCUCAGCAUGUCAGUCUAGAGCGUUCAGAAUCGAAACCUGGGACAGGCUGGGGCCGUGGGGCAGAACCAACAGCCUCCCCUCUUCUCCCCCAAACCCACGCAGAACAAGUGGAAGCUUCCAGUCAUGGCCUACAAAAAAAAAAAACAAAGGGGCAAAAAAACCCAAAAAAAAGCUUUUUGUUACGGGAACCGCCGCGUUGAGGGUUAAUUUUCUCAUAAGAGCAGAAGUACAUGGAUGAGAUGGUUAACUCAACCAGUGAGCAACUCUGUGGAAACAAGGAUCAACCUGAAGUUCAGAUGGAUUACACUGGAACGGAAAAGGUCUCUGACAGCUCAGUAUGUGGGAGAAACAAGUUCUAAAUUUGAUGGAAGUUACGUUAUCUCUGAAUCGAGCACUUUGUGUUGGAAGGAUAUUUUCUGGGGGCUUGAA